GAACUACAGGGAAUAUAAGCUUGCCCGUACGAUGGUCUUCACCAUUGCGGAGAUUAACAGGAAUAACAAGCUGCUUCCAGGUGUCACACUGGGCUACAGGAUCUACAAUGCCUGUGGAGACAUACAGAUUCUCAGUGCAGUGUUCACUGCUGUGUCUGGACCUGAGGAUUGCAGCAACACCAGAGUGCAAGCACUUAUUGGAUGCUCCUCAUCAGGACCCAGUAGUAUAGUGAGCAAAACCAUUGCCCCUUUACACAUUCCCAUGGUCAGUCACCUAGCAACCUGUGAAUGUCUGAGUAAUAGAAACAUCUACCCUACAUUUUUCAGAACUGUGCCCAGUGACCGCUUUCAGGUCAUAGCCCUAGUUGAGCUCUUGAAAUAUUACGGCUGGACAUGGGUGGGGUUUGUCUACAGCAAUGAGAUGUACGCUGAGGAAGGGGCAGCUGCAUUUACAAAGCUUGCAAGGAAGGAGGAGAUUUGUAUUGAAUACAUAACACAGUUCAUUGAUACUGCUCCAGAAGAAUAUGCGCUUUCAAUUGCAAAGACAAUAAAAACAUCCACUGCCAAAGUUGUGUUAGCUUUCAUGUCCAUGUCCUACUUCAGGAAAUUCCUGGAAACAACAAAGAGUGCAAAUAUUACUGGUAUACAGUGGAUUGGUAGUGAGGCCUGGAUCAUAACAAGAGAUUUAGCAACAGUGGGCAGUGUGAAUUUACUACAGGGUGCAAUGGGUUUUGCUAUCACUGAAUGCCUUAUCCCAGGACUGAGAGACUUUUUGCUCGGCCUUCGACCAUCAGACCAUCCUGAAAGCACCUUCACUAGGGUGUUUUGGGAAACAGCCUUUAGUUGUCGCUUGUCUGUCAACAGCAGCUCUGGUUUUUCUAAACUGUGCAACGAGACAGAGGAUGUAAGGACCAUCACUAAUGACUACACAGACAUGUCAGAGUUUAGAACUGUCUACAGUGUGUACAAGGGAGUGUAUGCUAUAGCCCAUGCACUGCACAGCCUCCUGGCCUGUCUCCACGGAGAGAACCCCAGCACUGGAGAGCCAUGCUCUAAGAAGGAUGACAUUCAGCCAUGGCAGGUGUUACGCCAUUUGAAGAUAAUAAAUUUUACCACCCAUUGUGGGGACAAAGUAUAUUUUGAUGAAUAUGGAGCUUCUGUCCCUCAAUAUGAUUUGGUGAACUGGCAAAUUGACACAAAAGGUUUUGUCAAAAUCAUCAAUGUUGGCCGGUAUGAUGCGUCGUUACCAAGUGGACAGAGACUUAAGAUAAAGCAGAAUGUCAGUAUUGUUUGGACUGGAAACCAAGACAAGGUUCCGCAGUCUGUUUGCACAGAGAGCUGCCUGCCUGGAACGCGAAAAGCUUUGAAUAAGAAAAGGCCCGUGUGCUGCUUUGACUGUAUACACUGCGCUGAGGGAGAAAUUAGCAACCAGACAGACUCAGUCACCUGCAUUCAAUGUCCUGAAGAAUAUUGGUCCAAUGAAAAUAGAGACCAGUGUGUUUCAAAAGUGACAGAAUUCCUGUCCUAUGAUGACAUUAUGGGGACACUGCUUCUUGCCUUUGCUUGCUUUGGGGCACUUUUAGCUCUGAUAAUGUUAGCCGUGUUCCUGCACUCAAAAAACACGCCCAUUGUCAGGGCCAACAACUCUGAGCUGAGCUUCCUGCUGCUCUUUUCCCUGACCCUGUGUUUCCUCUGCUCACUCACGUUCAUCGGCCGACCCUCUCACUGGUCCUGUAUGCUGCGCCACACGGCGUUUGGGAUCACCUUUGUCCUCUGCAUCUCUUGUGUUCUGGGGAAAACAAUAGUGGUGUUAAUGGCCUUCAGGGCUACACUCCCAGGCAGUAAUGUCAUGAAAUGGUUUGGACCUCCUCAGCAGAGGCUCAGUGUUCUUGUAUUCACUCUCAUACAGGUGCUAAUUUGUGUGCUCUGGUUAACAUUAUCCCCUCCUUUCCCCAACAAGAACAUGAAGUACUACAAAGACAAGAUCAUUCUAGAGUGUGAUGUGGGGUCAGCAGUGGGCUUCUGGGCUGUGCUGGGGUACAUUGGUCUCCUCUCUGCCCUGUGCUUUGUACUGGCUUUUCUGGCCAGGAAGCUGCCUGACAACUUCAAUGAAGCCAAAUUCAUCACCUUCAGCAUGAUCAUAUUCUGUGCCGUCUGGAUCACCUUUAUCCCAGCCUAUGUCAGCUCACCUGGGAAGUUCACUGUGGCCGUUGAGAUUUUUGCCAUUUUAGCUUCCAGUUUUGGUUUACUUUUCUCUAUUUUUCUGCCCAAAUGUUAUAUUAUUGUUUUUAAGCCUGAAUUAAAUUCAAAGAAGCAUUUAAUGGGCAAAAUGGCAUCAAAAUCACUGUAAGCUGAAAUGAAAAAUAAUUUCAAUUUAAAAU